AUGGCACCAGCUAAAGGCAGUUUGAAAAAGGCUGAUCCAAAGGCACAGGCUUUGAAAGCUGCGAAAGCAGUAAAGUCAGGUCCAACCUUCAAGAAAACAAAGAAGAUCAGAACUAAAGUUACAUUUCAUCGACCUAGGACAUUGAAGAAGGACAGGAAUCCUAAGUAUCCUCGCAUUAGUGCUACACCAAGGAACAAGCUCGAUCAUUAUCAGAUUUUGAAAUAUCCUCUCACUACUGAGUCUGCAAUGAAAAAGAUCGAAGAAAACAACACCCUGGUUUUCAUAGUUGACUUACGUGCUGACAAGAAGAAAAUCAAGGAUGCUGUCAAGAAGAUGUAUGACAUUCAGGCUAAGAAAGUGAAUACCCUGAUCAGGCCUGAUGGUACCAAGAAGGCAUAUGUUAGGUUGACACCAGACUAUGAUGCCUUGGAUGUGGCGAACAAGAUUGGAAUCAUUUAA